AUGUCUCCUGCUACAAACUCGGUUCUAGUGAGACUCCCCAACGAGUUCAGCCAUCAGAAAGUAACGCAAAAAGGGUUUUGGUAUGUUGAUACUACCAUGUUUCAUGUCUCUCAAUGGGCGGCUCACGCUGAUGACUACUCCCCUUCCCUGAAGCGAGUUCAGUUGUGGGCGCACUUGAUCGGUGUUUCUUUUGACUUAAUUCACAGACAGGGCCUGAGUCACAUUGCUGGUCAAAUAGGCGAACCAAAAGAAACAGACGACUGGACACUAAACCUCACAAGUAUCAGCAUUGCACAUGUCAAGGUGGAGGUUGAUACUACAGUUCCUCUACCAAAAGUUGUUGAAGUAGGCAGACAAAACGGGUCGUUCGUCAAUGUGUCGGUUGAAUACCCGUGGGUUCCUCCAAUCUGCUCCCACAGCAAAGAAGUGGGCCAUAUUUCAAGGAACUGCCCUCUCCUUCCCAUUUUCCGAAAGUGGUCCCUCCUGCUCCUUCUGUAG